UUAUAAAGCUGGAGAUAAAACACGGACCAUCAUCCAUUACUAGUUCCGGUCAGCGUCGUUUUGUUGUCUGAAUUCUCUCUCUCUCCAUGGCUGUCGCGUUCCAGUUCGGCCGGUUAUGCGUGCGACCCGAUACUUUCGUACUUGAGAAUCAUCUCACCGGAACCGGAUCUUUCCAUCGCCGGAAACAUUUGUCAGUCCGGUGCUCUUCUGACAACGAGGACGUUCCUUCGCCAUCGGUGGUGAUGGACUCCGAUUUCGACGCCAAGACGUUCCGCAAGAACUUGACGAGAAGCGAGAAUUACAAUCGUAAAGGGUUCGGUCACAAGGAGGAGACACUCAAACUCAUGAACCGAGAGUACACCAGUAAGUGUAUAUUGGAGACGCUUAAAGCAAAUGGGUAUACAUAUUCUUGGGGAGAUGUUACUGUGAAGCUAGCUAAAGCUUAUGGCUUCUGCUGGGGUGUUGAGCGUGCUGUUCAGAUUGCUUAUGAAGCUAGAAAACAGUUUCCUGAGGAAAGGCUUUGGAUUACUAACGAAAUCAUUCAUAACCCCACCGUCAACAAGAGGUUAGAAGAAAUGGAUGUUAAAAUUAUUCCUGUUGAGGAUUCAAAGAAGCAGUUUGAUGUGGUGGAUAAAGACGAUGUGGUUAUCCUUCCUGCUUUUGGAGCUGGUGUUGAUGAGAUGUUUGUUCUCAAUGAUAAAAAGGUUCAGAUCGUUGACACCACUUGUCCUUGGGUCACAAAGGUGUGGAACAUGGUUGAGAAGCACAAGAAAGGGGAAUAUACAUCGAUAAUUCACGGUAAAUAUAAUCAUGAAGAGACUAUUGCUACUGCUUCUUUUGCUGGGAAGUACAUUAUUGUCAAGAACAUGAAAGAGGCGAAUUACGUUUGUGAUUACAUUCUUGGUGGUGGACUCGAUGGAUCUAGCUCCACAAAAGAGGACUUCAUGGAGAAAUUCAAGUAUGCUGUUUCAAAGGGUUUUGACCCUGACAAUGACCUUAUCAAAGUCGGUAUUGCAAACCAAACAACGAUGCUCAAGGGAGAAACAGAGGAGAUAGGAAAACUAAUUGAGAGGACAAUGAUGCGCAAGUAUGGAGUGGAAAACGUGAACGUACAUUUCAUCAGCUUCAACACCAUUUGUGACGCUACUCAAGAGAGACAAGAUGCAAUCUAUGAGCUAGUGGAAGAAAAGAUUGACCUAAUGCUAGUGGUUGGUGGGUGGAACUCAAGCAACACUUCUCACCUUCAGGAGAUCUCAGAGGUCCGUGGAAUCCCGUCUUACUGGAUCGACAGUGAGCAACGGAUAGGUCCUGGUAACAAAAUAGCAUACAAACUACACUAUGGAGAGCUGGUGGAGAAGGAGAACUUUCUUCCAAAGGGACCAAUAACCAUCGGUGUGACAUCAGGUGCAUCAACCCCAGACAAGGUCGUGGAAGAUGUUUUGGUGAAGGUGUUCGACAUUAAACGACAAGAGUUGUUGCAGCUGGCUUGAUACAGUCUUGUGGAUUGUAUUCAAACAUGUUCCAUAUGUCAAAAAGAGUGUGUAUGCUAUUGCUAGCUAAAGUGAAAUGUAGUUUUAUGAUUUGUCUUUUUAACUUAUGUAACUGAUAUUUUUGUAAUUCAAAGUCAAUAAUCUCUGUUAAUGCUUUGCUCUA